AUGAUGAACAGGAAUGCGAGGGAAUCUCUGGUCGGAGGGAGGAAUAUUCCGUUCGGGUCGCAGCACCGGCGAGGUCUGAGCUUGAAUUUGGCUAAAGAAUCCGACGAAGGCAGCUUGGAUCUCUUCUCGAAGAAUCGCCGGACGCUCUCUGUAACUUCCUCCGAUGAGUCUUCCGAUGUUUCGGUGAAAUUGGGGAGGCUUUCAGUUGGAUCGGCCAAAGUGGGAAGGACUGGCAUUGAUGAUCUGCUGUCAUCUGCAGAGGGUGGAAAGCACGAUUAUGACUGGCUUCUCACACCUCCUGAAACUCCACUUUUUCCUUCAUCAGAUGGAAGUGAAUCUCAACCAACCUUACCUGCUCCACGAAACAAUUUAAGCAGACCAGGUUCUGCAUCUAAGCCUUCAAGGCUUUCAGUUUCACAAUCUGAGAAUAACCAUCCAUCAAGACCUGCUAGAAGCAGUUCAGUGACUCGCUCUUCAACUUCUGCAUCACUAUAUAACAACUAUUCCUCAAACAGAAACUCCAAUAUCCUUAACACGAGCUCAGCUUCAGUCUCAUCUUACACUAGACCAUCCUCCCCCAUUACCCGCUCUCCAUCUACAGCAAGGCCUUCCACUCCAACCUCUCGUCCAUCGCUGUCACGAUCCACAACUCCUUCUAGACCCCGUACAACUUCAACCAGCUCUUCCAUCGAGAAACCUCGAUCAGUGCAAAGCUCAAGGCCCUCAACUCCUAGUAGUACCAGGCCACAAAUUCCUGCAAACUUGAAUUCACAUGCUUCUCGACCAAACUCUCGUCCAUCUACUCCCACACGUAGGAGUUCAUUGCCUUCCUUGUCUCCAGCAUCAAGUCCCUCACCUUCAGCUGGUCGUGUUCUGUCAAAUGGGCGCAGUUCAGCACCCUCAUCCAGACCAAGCUCCCCUAGUCCACGUAUCCGUCCCCCACCACAGCCAGUUGUUCCCCCUGAUUUUCCUCUUGACACACCGCCAAACCUUAGAACAACUUUACCAGACAGGCCAAUUUCUGCUGGAAGGUCCCGGCCUGGUGCUGUUGUCUCAAUGAAGGGGAAGCCAGAACCCCCCGCUGCCGUGGUUGUGCCAAGAAGGCAGUCAUCACCCAUUGCCUCAAGGGGAAGACUGACAGAGCCCCCUGGAAGGGGUCGUGUACAUCCCACUGGACACCUUCCUGAUGUUCCUGAGCCUCGGAAGGCUACACUUAUCCCUGAUCUGGGCAUGAGGAAGCCUGUGAAGACUUCCACAACAACAGCUACAGAGAGCACUGGGUUUGGGAGGAACAUCUCGAAGAAAUCUCUUGAUAUGGCUAUCCGACAUAUGGAUAUAAGAAAUGGAACAGGGAAUGGCCGCCAACUUUCAGGCAGCACCCUCUUCCCUCAGAGCAUCCGAUCAUCAUCCACUCCCAAGCCCCAGUCCGUUCGCGGGUUGAGUGUGCCAGCAUCUGCCCGCACUAACGGAAGCCUGCAAACAGGCAGUAAUGGAGUCAUUUCAGAGAAUGGAAACAUUAUGAACCGGCCUGUGGAAAAUGGAAGUGAAGCAGACAGUGGAAGAUACUCUGCAAAGCUGAGUGAAGUGGACGUCUAUGAAAGCUCUCGUUAUGAUGCGAUAUUGCUCAAAGAAGACUUGAAAAGCACAAACUGGCUGCACAGUUUGGAUGAUAAACUUGAUCAAGGACCCAUCUUUGAUAAUGGAUUUGAGCAUCUGCCUGAACCUUUCGGGCUCUUAUAA